GCACUAUAGUGACGUCACAGCACUGAAUUAUGUAGUUGUUAUCUAGUUAGUGUAACUCUGCUCAUGUGAUCUGCAGGAGCGUCUGAGGAUGACCGAUCAUCACAGAGACAUAGAGCGACUGAGACACACUCUUCCCGUCCAUCCGGUGACGUCAGCGCCCCUCAUCGCAGAUUUCUCUCCAGCGUUGGCCAGCACACACCUGCCCGCCGCUGUGAACCCGCUGCCCGCUGAGCUACAUGCCCGCCUCGCCCUCAUCAAACACACCGCUGAGAAGGACAGAGACUUCCUGCAGGAGGAGCAGUACUUCCUGGACACGCUGAAGAAAACCUCAUACAACUCUGUCUUCAACACAUGACCACACAGAGACGGGAAUCAUUUUGAUACGUUUUAUUUAAUAAACAUUGUAAAAAGACACUUUAUGAUCUGACGUCAAUCUCCAGCAUUCAUCAUGGUCACUGUGGAGCAUUUCUGCAAAAAGUAAAAAUGAGUCACUUCAGUU